CGUGAGGGUAUUGCCUACCCGGGCGGAGUAAUUCGUGUUGGUGGCCACGCAGUGGAUGAGUGUGUGAGUGCGUGCUACGGCUGCUGCUUGUCACUCAUUGUGCCGUUGAACACGGGAAGCGACAAGGACCAAGAUUCCUCCCGGUAGCAGUUGUCGUCCCUGAGAACGUCUCUCUUUACUCUCUCUCUUCUCUCCCCCACCCCCCCCCCCCACAUCACCACCACCACCACCACCAGCACACUCCUCUGCUCAGGAGAGACACCUCGCUUGUUUCCCCCCUCCACAACCAAAAAAAAGUGCGUCUGCUCUUCAAAGGAGAAUAUCUGUGACACAUUACAAUGCUUCAAAUACGGGACCUCGUCUGGGGCUUGCUGUUCGCCGGCUGUGCAGCUGCCAUCCAGGUGCAAAUCACUCCAACACAAGGAGAGAUCAGCGUAGGAGAGUCCAAGUUCUUCCUCUGCGAAGUGGUCGGAGACGCCAAAGACAUCGACUGGUUCUCCCCCAGCGGCGAGAAGAUCCUCCCCAACAGGCCGGACGUCAUCGUGAGCCGCACCGACGAAGCCACGGCGACGCUCACCAUAUACCACGCCAACGUGGACAGCGCCGGCAUCUACAAGUGCGUGGCGAGGAGCGGGGACAAGGAGGCCCAGGCCACGGUCCAAGUGAAGAUCUUCCAAAAGAUCACCUUCGACAGCGCCCCCAGCCCACAGGAGUUCAACGAGGGCGACGACGCCGACAUCGUCUGCGACGUGGUCAGCUCGCCGCCGCCCACCAUCAUCUGGAAGCACAAGGGCUCCAGGAUCCAGGUGGCCAAGGACGUGCGAUACAAGAUCAUGGAUAACGGCCACCUGCUGAUCCGCGGCAUCAAGAAGAUAGAUGAGGGCAUGUACAACUGUGAGGCCCGCAUCAUGGCCCGGGGAGAGAUAGAUUUCCGGAUGAUCAAGGUCAUUGUUAACGUGCUCCCCACCAUCCGCGCCAGGCUGUCAGAGGUCAACGCCACAGCGGACAUCGCCAGCUCUGCCCUGCUGGCCUGCGACGCAGACGGCUUCCCCGAACCCACUGUCACCUGGGCACAUAACAACGUUGUCCUUCAAACCGACGAUAAGUACACGCUGAGCGACGACGGUUCGGAGCUGUUAAUAAAAAGCGUCAAGAAAGUGGACGAAGGAGAUUACACCUGCAUCGCCAAGAACAAGGCGGGCGAGAAAUCCCAGGAAGUCAGCCUGAACGUGUUCGUGAGACCCAAGAUCACCUAUCUGGACAACCAGACCGCCUCGGAGUUUGACGAACUGGUCACCCUGACCUGUGAGGCCUCGGGCGACCCCACACCCGCCAUCUCCUGGAGUUUCCAAAACACGGUCUUCACCGAAGGAGAGCAGGCCUCUUGGACGCGACCAGACAAAUACGAGAGCCUUGAUAGAAACAUCGUGGUACGCAGCCAUGCCCGGGUGUCCUCGCUCACCUUGAAGAACAUCCUUUUCACAUACGCCGGCGAGUACCUCUGCACGGCCACGAACUCCAUCGGCCGGGACAACAAGCACAUGUACCUGGAGGUCCGCUAUGCUCCCAAAAUCCUCCCCAAAAAUGUGGCGAUGCACACGUGGGAGGGGAACGCGGCCAACAUCAGCUGUGAGGUGGAGGCUCACCCCGCCGCCUCGGUGGUUUGGUCCAGAGACGGCCUCCAGCUGCCCUCCGCCAACACCACCAACGUGAAGGUCUACAACACGCCCACCAUCAGCUACCUGGAGAUUACCCCUGAUUCUCAGUACAACUUUGGGACCUACAACUGCACGGCAACCAAUGUGAUGGGUUCCGAGUCCAAGGAGUUCGUCCUGAUCCAAGCAGAUGUGCCGUCAUCGCCGGUAAUCGAGGAAGUGGAACCCUUCUCCAGCACAGCGGUGGUGUCGUUUGAAGAGCCCGACUCCAUAGGCGGAGUACCUAUCAUCAAGUACCGGGUGGAAUGGCGUCUGCCCGGCCAGGACUGGGCUGGCAAAGAGUACCACGCCGAUGACGAGAUGACCACGAUCACCAUCGUUGGCCUGAAGCCGGAGACCACCUACGAGGUCAAGAUGUCGGCCAUCAACGGCAAAGGCGAAGGCGAGAGCAGCCCGGCCAGCACCUUCCGGACCGAGCCCGUCCGGGAACCCACUGCCCCCAAACUGGUAGUCAAGGUCCAAGAAAGGGGCAAUAUUCUUAAGGUCAACUGGAUCAAGCAGGACGACGGCGGUUCCCCCAUUAAACACUACCUGGUCCGAUACAAGGCUAAGCACGUAUCCGACUGGAAACCAGAGAUCCGCGUCCCCCACAACAGCGAGUACGUGAUGCUGAGCGGCCUGGACUGGAACACGGAGUACGAGAUUCGCGUAGUGGCAGAGAAUCAGCAGGGCAAGUCGGAGCCCGGCGUCAUCUCCUACAGGACCGCCACGGACCCCACCACCAUCCCAGCCACCCUCGGUUGCCGAUGUGUUACCUACAGUCUGGCAGCUCUUCUGCUGUCCAUGCUGACUGUGCUCUGGCUCUCAUGAACUGAUGUUGUUCAAGGAGAAAUAGAGGAUAGUCCGAGCCUUUGAAAUCUUGGGGCCCCAAAUCCUUUGCUUUCUAUGCCUUUUUGACCCUUGUGCAGUCACACGCAAGAUGAAAAAAAAAAAAAAAAAAAAAAAAAAGAGUCAAGACAUUGGUUUCAUGACGUUAUUACAGGGUGCUCAGUACUUGCAUCAUUCUCAUAUUUUGGGGAUUUAGAUUCUGUUGAUAUUAUUUGUUUUCAUGGGUUUUCAUGUUGUUUGUGAAUAGAUUUGGAAAGGGAACAUUCUUAGAAGGUUUUUGCCAACAAGUCGGACCUGGGUGCUCAGUUGGGAAACUGCGUGGACAAAGUGCUGCCGCUUUGUUUUAGAAACCAUUAGUAACACAUUCAUAAUGCCUUAAUGUGAUCGUGAGAGGGGUGACGAAUAGAAGAAUUACAUUACACUGUUUGAUCACGUCUACAAUGUGCUAACCAGAAAUGGCAAUUGUAAAGAGACUUUUAUUUUGGAAUUUAUUGCCGAUCAAACAGAGACACCAUUCCCCUGUUAUGUCACAAAGGACAUAAAAGCAUGAACAGUGCAUGAGAGCUGACACUAGGCAUGAUCCAGUAUUCAUUGAUGUGCUAUGCAGCUGCUUUGAAGCUCCCCAGUCAAGCAUUAUGAAUGUGUUAAACAGGUGAAGAGUACACAUGCUGUGCCUGAUUUCAGUUUUUUUGGAUACAAGCUUGAAAUGUCCUGCUGUAUUAGGAAAGUAAAAAAAAGAAAAAAAGAAGAAAAAUACGGAAAAAGAUGUGUUGGUUUUGGUCAGAGUAUUCAUUUAAAAAUGUUUAUUACUAUAGGUCAUUAUGUAACCGCCUGGUCGGGAGAGGACGCAAGGUUGUGCAGAAAAAACUAAUCAUGUUUCGUGACAAAGUGUACAUACUCUUUACAAACUGACCUAGAAAUACAACAAUUCAGCUGGGGGGGCGGGGGGGGGGGGGGGGAUAAUUUGACGGUUCAUGUUCUGUUUUUACCUGAAAGCAGAAAAAUGUCUAAAAGUGCAACAGCUGUUAAACACUAAAAAUUUCAUUUUCAUAAUGUGAAAUUAUUCUAUUCUCUGAGACGUUUUUGUACGUACAUAUCAGUGUAUUUCCAUGUAACCAUUGUAGGGUUGAAAUAAAUUGUGUUUUGUUUUUUCUUUCACGAAAGUAACGGCUUUCUGAAGCUUUAGUGACUGAAACCUGUUAAGACGUGUGACACAGUGCUGGCUUGUACUUCCCUCGGUUGUGGAGUUGAUUUUAGCGAUUUUCUUUCAUUCGUGCGGAGCUUCAACAAAACGACUUUACUCUGCAUUCCGUGUUGCAUUUCAUGAUUCACUGUUACACCCAGAUGUUGAUAGAUGGGGAGCCUGGCUAUAGCUUAAAGGAUGCAUUUUGAACAAAUGGUAUACAAACCGUAUAGAGGCUUUGCAGCAAUACAUAAAUAUGUAUACAAGGAUAGAACGACGCUACUUCCUUUUGAAAGGGGAAUGUUUUUGAAACCAUAAAUAUUAUACCAGUCAUAAUGUGGAGGGGUCACAAUCUUACACCAUUAGAUAGACAGGAAACCGCUGUCUUGUUGUCACGUCUCAACCUUUUUGAAAGAAGUUUCUCCAACUUUUAAUUUAAUCUCUUCCAUCAAACGAGCUCUAUUUCCAAAACCUUCAGAGAAGCAUCUGUUCUUGUUUUGCCUUCAUGAAAUAUUCAAUGGCCUAACUUGGCACAAAAAAAAGAGAUUGUGUUACGCAACUGGCCAAACAUUGGAACCAAUCAGACGCGCGUUUCCUGUGAAGGCCGUCGCAUCCUGUCCCACAAAAUAUGUUUGUUUGUGACGGUUGGUGGGGCACACGUUCUGCUCCAGCAUUCAACGGCUCCAUGGUGCCGGGACUGCUUUGCAUUAUUUAAAAGGCCACUUACAGACUUUCCAUUGCCACUAGAACAAAAAAAACCCCAAAAAAACCCUGUGUCAUCUGUGUUUUUAUCCCACCAUGGGCUUGUUUUUCUCACGUCGACGUCCUCGUUGUUGAUGCAGUCGGAAAAAACAAAACAUUGAGGAGGUUAGGAACCCGCGGGUACCAUCUGAGUGUGAGCGAUCAAAGCCAUCUAUACAGUUUGCAUUUGUUCAAAACCUUUGGCUGCGAUGCGACGCAUACACCAGGAGAGAGCGCAGCCACCUGCAGACACGAUCAACAACACUUUGAUGUGAGAGAAUUAAUAAAGCAUUGGUACAUUUUCAGUAAUGAGA